AUGUCAAAGUCACUACCGAUAAAUGGUAAAGACAAUUCAAAUUUAAAAUCAUCUACGCCUAUUCAAUCAAGUUCAAAUUCAAAUUCAAACUCAAAUGGUAAAGCCAAAAUUGUAAAUAAUUCACAAUCUCAAUUCCAAAAUAAUGGAAAAUUGAAUGCUAAACCAGUAAAUGGAGGAAAUAGUCAAAACUUAAACCCAACACCUAAUUCAGUCCCUAAAGGCAUAAAAAUUGGUUCAAAUCCAGGACCAGAAGAAUUAUUUGAAUUACUUUCCAAAAAUUAUGAAAAUUGGCUGCAAGCUAUGACAAAACAAUUUGAAGACGAAGAAAAUUUCUCACCAUUCCCCAAUGAAAACGACAAUGAAUUAAAUAAAGAUAAAAUGAAUCCAAUUUUCAAUUAUAGCUUGUUAGAAGCGUUAGAAACUGCAUCAAAUGAAAUUGGAGAUAAAUUGAAAGAUAUACCAAAUGGAAAUAUUAGAAAUAAUACUUUAAUUUCUAAAACUACUUCAUCAAAUACUACAACAAAUGGUUCAAUUGCGAAUAGACCAAUAAAACAUCCAAAAAGAAGAAUACUACAUCCAUCUCAUUCAUUACUUAAUGAAAAAGAAAUUGUUUUUCUUCGAGAUAAGAUCACUCAAAUUAUCAAAGAAAGAGAAGGAGAUAAUUUACCACAAGGGUUUACAUUAUAUGAUACAAAUGAUGAAAAGGGAUUAAAUAAUGAUGAUGACGAUGAAGAAGAAUUAUGUUCAUGUUGUGAUCAUUCAGAUGAAGAUGAUGAAUAUGAAGAAGAUCACGACCAAAAUGAUUAUGACUUAAACGACUUUACAAAUAAUAAUGACAACAAUAAUGACAAACGAUAUUCAAAUCAUCAUAUUAAUUCUCGUCCGACUCAUUCAAUAGAAAUUGAAUUAAAUACAGCACCAGAUUGUGAAGUUCAUGGAUCAAAAAGUUGUGAUUGUCCAAUUUUCGAUUCACCUAAUAAUAAUGAAUUAGAAAGAAUGACAAGAAGGAAAAGAAAUUAUAUGGGAUCACCAAGUGAUAAUGAUUAUGAUAGUAAUGAAGGUCCAUCAUGUGAAUUUACUUUUGAAUAUGAUCAUAAUGGACAAUUGAUUCCCACAUAUAAUAAUAUUGAGGAGAAAUUGAGAUUAAUGAGGUUAGAAUCAUCAAUGAAGAUAAAUAAUAAACUACCCAACAAGAAUAAAAUUAACAACAAAUUUUCAAGUGGUAAAAAUAAUAAUAGCAAAACAGUACAACCAAAACAAUCUACUAAACAAUCUACUAAACAAGACAACAAACCAAAUCAGGCAACAGCUACAAAUUCAAACACAAAUUCCAAAGCCAACCCGAAAUCAUCAUCACCAACAAAGACUAAAACUAAAAAGACAACUAAAACAAAAUCUAAAUCUUCAAAUUCUGCAUCACCAAAUAUAAAUCCAUUAAAUGAUUUAAAAAAAUUACAAACUGAAUUACCAAAUGAUAUUUUGAAAAAAUAUAGAUUAAGAAAUUUACAAUCAACAACGCCCAAGAAUUUUUAUGGUUUAAUUCCAAAUGAUAGUUGUUGCUUGUUAUGUCAAUAUGAAGCUAUAUUUGGUUGUAAACCGAAAUAUAUAUAUAGUAAAAAAUAA